AUGUCAAAUAAUAAGUUUUCUUCUAAUCAAUCAUUUUCAUCAUCAUCAUAUGACAAUGAAUACAUUUAUCAUAUCACUGAUGACUUAAAAAUCAAAAUUAAUGAUAUUAUUCGUAGUAGUGACUAUCGAUUGUUUUUCGAUGAUAAUUUAUCAUUUGAUCAACUUAUGUUUCUACUCGAUCACCGAUAUUCAAUAGAAAGUUCGGUACUUGAUUUCAUUAUCGAUCAAAUUCAUCAAUUAAUUAAAGAUGAAAAUAUUCGAGAAAUCCUUUUCAAUAAUAUUAACAGAUUUGCUGGUCAUUUACAUCUUGUUAAUAGCGAUACAGAUGUUAGUCCUCGUCCGACUUUCUUUCUUGGCGAUAAUGAUGAUGAUGAUUACUAUUAUGAUGAUGAUGAUGAUGAUGAACAAACACUUACUGAUGAUGAUUCAUCUGAUGCUGAUUCAAUUAUUGACGACAGUUAUGAUGAUCUCGAAAAUGAUUUGCUUGAUCGCCUCGAUUUUGAACAUUUUCUAGCUGUUUAUCAUUAUUCUCCACCAAGUGACGAUGAAUACGAAUUCUAA